GCGAUUAGUCAACUGGAAAUGGUUGCCGAGAGCAACAGCAAGAACAACAAAAACAGCGAACAAAUUCGAAUUGAGCAGCAGCAAGUCUGACUGAGUUCUGAGCCAACCAACAUUAAAAAAAAAAGAAAAUGUUGAAUCGCGGCAAAGCAAGAGAAAAUAAACGAAACAGAAACGUUUAAUUUGUUUAAAUUAAGCAGUAGCCCAUCCAUACGAAAAAACAACAAAAAAAAUUAAAGAAGGAACCCUAAACUAGAGUGUUUAAUUAGCUUAAAUACAGCCAAAGCAGAAGCAGCAGCGGCAGCAGCUGCACCCCAGCGUUUAGCAGCCAUCAGUGAGCAAUGGAACUUCGACUGGGACACCGCCCAUGCUGGUGCAUGUGGUUUUGCCUGCUGCUGGCCAGCACCAUGUGCCCUGGCAUGGCCCUCAAUGUGGAGGAGGAGGAGCCAGUUUACUUUUAUGUCGGUUGCUAUACGGCACGCACAGAUCUUUUAAAGGAAUCGGUUUAUGCCAAGACACCGCAAACCUGCAUCGAGAUAUGUGAGCAUCAGGGCAAUCGAUAUGCCGUACUGGCUGCCGAGAAAUGCUUUUGUGCCAAUCAAUUGGAGGCGGAAGAGCGGCAGGACGAACAAUUGUGCAAUACUCGAUGUCUGGCCAAUAAGGCUCAAUAUUGUGGAGGCAUUGGCGUCCAUUCGUAUUAUUCCACCACUCUGUUGAGGCAACCAGCUCCACAUCAUUUGCGUGUGGCGAACAGUAGUGAGAACAGUCUGACUCUGGCUUGGGAUGCAUAUGAUCAGCAGAAAUUGCUUCUGGCCGGUGGUGCUGAGGCCAUGGCGGGUUUGCCUGCCCAGAGAAUUGCUAAUUUUCUCAUACAAUCUCAAAUGCUGCAUACGUAUUCUGCAUUGCCAGCGUUUCCGCAACCAGAGUUUCUAGUCCAGAGCACGGAAACGCAAUUUGAGAUUACGGAUUUACAUCCGGCCACACAAUAUAACAUAAGCGUGAGAGCCAUGUGUGCCGAUCAGCGUGGCAUCCAGAGUGAGUGUGGUCAAGCCACAUUGAUGGCGACAACUAAGGUGGGUGUGCCCAGUCCACCUCCUUCCCAACCAAAAAUACUCUCACGUUCUGAGCAUACGAUAACUAUAGAGCUGGCACCCAUACGAAAUGACAAUGGACCGGUGAGCAAGUUACUCGUCAUAGUCGAGUAUGUGAACGAUGCACUGCAGCAGCCUUUUGAUGAGCAUUUGUUGAACAACUGGCAGCAGGCUCAACUGGAUGGAGUACCCUAUUAUAUAGCAGCACAAUUGGACUACGAUCGUCCGGAAGAUAAUCGCACACGUCAUUUUGUCGUUGGCGAUGAUAAGCGCUACGGUCCCUAUCGCAAUGCCCCGCUGGAACAGCAGGAGUCGGCGCAUGUUCACAUUGGUUUGGGAGUGGUAAGCACCCUUGACGGUGAGACAAAGACUUUGUAUUCUCGCAGUUCCCACAAUCAGCAUUCGAGUUCACUGGAUGAUUUCAGUUAUGCCACCUUUGAGAAGGGACAAUCUUCGGUUGUAGCUCUUGCUGUUACCUGUGUCGUCUUUGGCAGUUGCCUGCUCCUCAGCCUAAUUACGUAUUUCUAUUUGCGUUAUAAAACGUGUCGCACUCGAGGAUUACGAGGUCGUAAUGGCCACGAGAUGACUCUACAGACGCCCAUUAUUGAACGCGAAAAUAAUGGUUACCUGGUGGAGGAUGAACCAGUCUCAGUGGAGAACUUUAAGCAACAGCUGGAGCAAUUGGUUGAUGGUUUCGAACGUUUGCCACGUAACUCCUUGCGCCUGAAUGUCAACGAUGUGAUCGGCGAUGGACGUUACGGUGAGGUCAUCACGGGCCACCUACUUGCCAGUGCCGGACAAACAUCAAAAGAUUGUGCUUUGCAUGUUCUUUCAUUGGAUGACCUGAAUGGUCCUACACAGGCUCAACUCUUGCGAGAGAUGCGCCAACUGGCAUCCUUACGUAGGCAAGAGCAAAUCUUGGAUUUCUAUGGCAUCACAGCUAGUCCAGAUUGGUUUUAUAUGGUCUUCGAGUUGCAGCAAAUCAGCCUGAAGAGACGUCUCAUCGAGAGCCGUCAACCAAGUCCGAGCAUGCGUUUGACCAUUCUGUCUGAGCAGUUGGUUUUACAAUGGAUCUAUGAGCUGGCUAGCGCUAUGUCUUAUUUGGCCAGUUGCCAGGUGGUACAUCGCCAGCUCUGCUCGCACAGUGUCUACGUCACUUCCGAGUCCCGUCUGAAGUUGAGUGUCUUUGGACCGUUGCAUUUCAUUAAUAGCAAUCGCCAGCAACUAGAUCAGAGCCGAUGGCUGGCACCAGAAGUUUUGCGUAAUAGUCAUCAUCAUUCUAGCAAGUCUGAUGUCUGGGCUCUAGCUUGUGUGGCUUGGGAAUGUUGUGCUCUCGGUGGCACACCAUAUGCCAACGUGGUGGCUAAUGGCCAACAAUUGCUGGAAGCACUACGAGCGGGAGUUCGUCCCGCUCAACCGGCCUAUGUCUAUGGCGAUCUCUAUCAGCUGCUCCUUAACUGUUGGCAACUGGAGCCGAGUGAGCGAAUAAGCUUUGAAGAUGUGGCAUUUGGAGUACGUCAAUUGAUGACUUCACCGCGACAUGCUCUUGCCUUCGAUCGACCCAUGAAUGCUUUAGACACGCUGCCAUUGUAUCUGCCCAUGUUGGAGAUAGCUCCUCCCACAGGAUAAGAUAGAGAGGAUUUCCUAACCAAACUGACAGAGACCAAUCAAGCAACAAUUAGUUUUAAGCUUAAUAGUUAGAAAAAAGAAAUUAUAUUGACCAUACAAAUGAAUAUCUUUUCAAUUUGUUCACUAUUUCAAAUAAAUGUUGUAUGUUG